AUGGAGAACAAUGGAAAUCCAAGUGUCUUGAAUUGUGCUGUUCCAGAACCUGCCUGUGAUGACGGUUGGUUGCGAUUGUUUAGCUCGUGCUACUACUUCGAAGAGAACCGUAUGACUUUUGCGAAAGCCGAAGCUAAUUGUUUGGCGAAAGGAGGAAAACUGUUCGUCCCUGAAACAGCCAUAGAAUGGAAAGAAGUCGUCAAAAGAGCAGGAGUGGACUAUUGGAGUUGGGUUGGCAUGAAACGUGAUGGCCUGUACAUGCCGAAAUGGAGAGGGAAUGGCGGAGUCAACGUGGCUGAACUGGAUUGGCUGGUCAACCCUGGUAGUCUUGCUGCGAAUGGCUGGACUUCAGCAACCCAGUGCUUAGCCCAUUACAACUCAGGAUUCAGUCAAUAUUCAUUCUUCUACUACUGUGAAAUGGCGUACAACUCGAUCUGCAAGAAAAGGGCUGCCAUUUCGUCAGGAGGAAUUCCGGAGCUCUUAAUUGAUGCCGAUGAUUUCUUGACAAAGUAA